UUGUCGAAAUCUGUCCAGAAUUAGUUUAUGGAGCUAUAUAUAGGAUAUAGAUAAGAGUUGGAUUUCGCUUCCAAAAUGGGACAAAAGAUAGGGUAAAGGAGUUAUGAGUUUUCUGGAAUAUGCGCUAGAUAAUGCUAACGGGAAUAGAAUUUUCUAUUGCCCGUGCACGAAAUGUCAGUGUCGCAGCGAUAUGCAUUGAUUUGCGAUUGACAAAGUAUGACAGCACUUGAAGAGUAACGAGUUUUAAGAGAAGUUCACAUGUUGGUUAUAUCACGGUGAAACAUCAUCAGGGGGUCCGCAUGAUCAUGGGCAAUUUUCUGAGACUGGCAGUACAUUCUAACGAUCCAACAACGGCCUUCAUCAACGACAUGUUUCCUUAUGAGAGCGGUGUAUGCACUCAAGGACAGUAUAUGCCUGACCCGGUGCAGCCCUUCCCUAGAGUUAUCAACACUGCUGGUAUUGACAAGUACAACAAACUGCUUGCUUUCCAACAGACCCCUGUGUACCCCGGUUGUCAGAAGACCGUUCUUGAAAGUGUGAUGGACGUAAUGAAGAUUAAAGUUGAGACAAAAUCGACCGUGAAGGCUGUUGAUGAUUAUCUACAGUACACUGCUUCGAUGCUGCCCCACGGUCAUCGUCUUCCUACCACUCAUCAUAAUGUCUGAUGUAUCCCAAAAUAUCUUGGGCUUUCCUACAUCAAGAUCCAUGUAUGCAGAUAUGACUGCGUUCUCUUCUGGGGUAAAGAUCCAGAAGGGAAUGACCUUGAUGGCCUUAACGCAUGUCCCGUAUGUCACACUGAUAGGUAUAAGCUGACUCCUAAAAAAAAUGCUUAUAAGACAUUUGUGGUUGAAAGAAGGGAAUAAAAAAAUGCCUCAAGCUCCUUACACCGUGAAGCCUGACCAGAAGAAUGUAAUUUUCAAGUG